AUGUUUCAAGUUGGAUGGUAUAUGAACACACCAACAGACUUAAAGAAGUCAAAGCAGAAGCCAACUCUCAGAUGGGUUACUGUUAACGAAUAUUGGCUUGAAAUAUCUGUAAAACCCCUCGAACCUCCACUUAUCACUAUUCACUUAGGAUUCGUAAACUUUAGACCUGGAAAUGCAGAAGAUGCACUUCCUAUUAACUCACUUGUUUUAAAUACAUUUGGUCCAAUUGGAGAAUGGCAAAUUUUUAUUUCAACUAAUAAUCGAUUCGAAAUUUUAGAUUUUUACGAGGCCCUCGUUAAAGGAAGAGACUGCUGGAACACAUUUUUAUCCAGCGAUCAGCAGGUAACAACUUUUGAAUCCUCAUUUAAGGAUAAAAACAUUGGGUUCCUUGGCGGACGCAGCGUCGAAUGCAAUUUGUCUCCUUCGGGAUUUAAGACAAUGCGAUCACAAACAGAAUCAACUCUCUUUAAGUACUCAGAUGUAGUUUAUUUACGCCCAGUUAGAUUCGAUACAAGGCAAGGAGCAUGCUUUGAGAUGGUUGUAAAAGCUUCUAAGCAGCAAAGAUCUGAUCUCCUCUUCCAAUGUCAUGAUCAUGCGGAAAUGAAGAAAUUUAUUACGAUUUUCCUUUACAACUUAAAUCAAAUCGGUUCUGAUUUAAGUACUCAAUCUGGAAGCUCAAAUUAUCAGCAAGAAAAGCUAUCAACGCCAUCAGCUCCAUCUUCAAGCUGA